AUCCCACGGCACACUAUCAAUUGACCUGUCUGUCCUCAAUACUGAUUGCUGAUUCCUCCAUCCAGUCACCGCCAUUUGGAGCUCCGUCCGGCCCGAAGUAUAAAAAGCCCAAGAAGCCCCUCCUCCCCCGCAGAUCGUCGAAUCCACACUCUUCUUCCACCUUUCACAACUCCCCCACCUUCACCAUGUACCCUCCUCCCCCAGCAGCCCUCGACUGGAACGACAUUGGCUUCAAAGUGCGCGAUGUCAAUGGCCAUGUCGAAUGCCACUACUCGCAAUCGGGCAACGGCCAAUGGUCGGCCCCUCGCUUUGUGCACUCUCCCUACCUCUCCAUUCACGGCAUGGCACCGGGUCUAAACUACGGCCAACAAGUCUACGAGGGCCUCAAAGCGUUCCGGCACGCCGAGAAUAGUAAAAUCACCGUUUUCCGACCGGAUCGAAACGCGAAGCGCAUGCAGAAAUCCGCCGAGGUCGUCUCGAUCCCGCCCGUUCCGGAGGAGUUAUUCCUUGAUUGUGUGCGAUUGGCCGUCGGCGCGAAUGCAGAGUUUGUGCCUCCGUUUGAAUCCGGGGCAGCGAUGUAUGUUCGGCCGUUGUUGUUCGGGUCGUCCGCGCAGUUGGGAUUGAGUCCCCCAGAUGGAUAUACGUUGGCUGUUUUUGUGAUGCCGACGGGUGUGUAUCAUGGCGCUAGUGCUGUGGAUGCGUUGAUUUUGGAAGACUUUGAUCGUUCGGCGCCCUUUGGAACGGGGAAUGCCAAGGUCGGAGGGAACUAUGCCCCCGUCUUGCGACACAGUGAUCGAGCGCGUCAAGAUGGGUUCGGAAUUACCUUGCAUCUGGAUAGUGCGACGCGAAGUGAGAUUGACGAGUUCUCCACCUCUGCCUUUAUCGGUGUGAAGCGAGAUGGGGAUAAUAUUACCGUCGUGCUGCCCGAUAGUCGCAACGCUAUUGAUUCAGUGACGGCAUCCUCAGUCGGUGAUAUCGCCCGCUAUCUGGGUUACAAAGUCGAGAAACGGCGGGUUGCCUACGAGGAAUUGAACCAAUUCGAUGAAGUGGUAGCCGCAGGAACGGCAGCUGCACUUGUCCCCGUUCGGAGUAUCACGAUGCGAUCCAAGGGUGACAAGUUUGAGUAUCGCUGUGGAGCCCAGGCCCAGGGCGGCGAGGUCUGUGUCAAGCUUCUACAGACUCUUCGGGGAAUUCAGUCUGGAUCAAUUGAGGAUUCAAUGGGCUGGAACUACGAAGUGACGGCUCCUCCCAAGGAAUGGAUCGAAGAGGGUUCUACAGAGAAGGUCGAUCAGAGUGGAAAUACGGUACCCUGA